AUGAGACUCACAUCAAUCAACAAGGCCGGUGUUCUUGCUUGGUGUCCAAUAAGCUCGCACACAGAUUUAUUGGCUGUGGGUUCUGUUGCUGGAUCACUUGAUUGGAGGAAUGAUACAACGGCAGGUGGUUCCAGCAGUACUUCGGGAAGUGGCCCUGUCUUGGAAAUUUACAGCAUGUUACCCAGUAUUACUGAAAAACAAAUCAGUAGCUUAUCUUCGGGUGAGGAACAACAAGAUCAAGAAGAGAACACUGUAGAACAAGAACAGACACAAGAGGAAGCAAAAACAACAACAACACACGACGAUGAUAUUUUCCAAACUCAACAUUCUGAUGACUUUUUCUCUAGCAGUUCUGCUUCAGAUGAUUUCUUCAACACCCUCGCAUCAACUCAUCAUCAAAACGUUUUAGCAACAACGGAAGAAGAAGAAAAGAGAAGAUUGGAGGCUGCCCGAAAACAACCCAAGCUGUUGGCCCAAAUCGAAGCACCGGAUCGUUUUCAUCGUUUAACCUGGGGAACACCUGGAUCAACUGGUGAUUCUCUCGGUAUUAUUGCUGGUGCUCAGGUCGAUGGAGUCAUCAGCCUCUUUGAUGCUAACAAGAUGAUAGAAUCAUUCUCAAAGAGGAAGAAAAUAUUACCAUCCGAUGAUGCGCUGAUUGCAAGCAUGGAUAAGCACCAAAGUAGCGUCAGAGGCUUAGAAUUCAAUCCAAAGCAAGUUAAUCUGCUAGCCAGUGCUGGUGAUGAUGGUCAACUUUAUAUUUGGAAUUUGAAACAACCAAAUCAACCACAAGCAGUUGUAUUGGGAUGUAAAAACCCUCAUCAAAACCAAACCAUUUCUCACUUGCAAUGGAAUCGCAAGUUUGAAUACAUUUUAGCAACAACCUCACAUCAAGGUACAUCGGUUGUGUGGGAUUUGAAACAAAAACGAGUGCUGGUUCCUUUCAGUAACACUGCUCAUCCAAAGUCUCGAUACAGCUCUGUGGCUUGGAAUCCGGAUAUUCAUACUCAAUUAUUGGUUGCGUGUGAAGAUGAUGAGAGACCAGUCAUUGAGGUUUGGGAUUUGAGAAAGGCCUAUGCUCCAAUCAGAGAGCUCGGAGCUGGUCAACAAGGACAUCAAAGAGGUGUGCUUAGUGUUAGUUGGUGUCCUGAUGACAGCAAUCUUUUGGUCAGUACAGGAAAAGACAAUAGAACUCUCAUUUGGAAUCCAAAUACAGGCGACUUGCUUGGUGAAUUGUCUUCAGGAUUCUCUCAAGUAUCAGCAAGUAAUACAAGAGGAGGAAGAGCAACAAAUACAGUGCCUCAAGAUGAAUAUCAAAAUUGGAUAUUUGAUGCUCAGUGGUCCUAUAGAUCAUCACUCGUUUCAACAUGUUCAUUCGAUAAGAAGAUUCAAAUUUAUGCUGUUCAAGAUGCCAGCAGUGUUGCCACGGGUGAAUCUGACGAGUUGACUGAAACCGUCAAAAAAUCAAAUCAAAAUAUCACUCAACCUGCUCCUUCAGUUUUGAAAACUGCACCAAAAUGGCUUAAACGUCCAGCUGGUGUAUCCUGGUGUUUCGGAAACAGAUUAAUCUCAUUCAGCAAUACUGUCAAACAAGAAAGUGAAGAAAAGAGCUUGGAGAAGAACCAAAGUGUUCAACAAUACAUGAGCCCAAAUCCAAUUGCAAUUUAUAGUGGAGCAUCUGCAGUUGCCUCUGCUACUUUUGAUGAAUCUGAAACUGAAAAACUUGUAAAUUUCAAUAAGCAAGUUAUAGAGUUAGAGAAAGUAGCUCUAUCUCAGGUAUCUCCUCAAGAAAAGAGAGAAAUUUCUGUACAAUUUUGUAAGGAAAAACAAGGUACUGCAACAAGGAAGCAAUUGAUUGAAUGGAGGUUGUUAGAGAUUUUGUUCACCUCAGAGGAAGAGAAAGGCAGCAAGAUUCAAGUAUUACUAGGCUAUAACCGCGAAGAGAUUAAUCAAAAAUCUCAAAAUAUUGAGGUUCAUACAGUUGAAGUCAAUAGAAAUGAUAGUGAGGAACUUUCAUCUCUCAUUAAGGAUAACAUUAUUGUUGGAAAUAUUCAAGGAGCUAUCAGGUGCUGUUUAGAUGGAAACAGAUUUGCAGAUGCUCUGUUAUUGGCGAAAGUUAGUGGUGAUAACGACAUGUGGAAUUUGGCUCUAGAUCAAUACUUGAAUAGCAAAGAAGGUUCUUGCAUCGCAAAUGUUAAGAAUUUGAUCUUCAAAAAUUACGAUGCUAUUAUUGGAGAUGGCUCUCUCGAGAAUUGGAAAGAAAAGCUUGCAAUUCUUUGUUCCGAUAUGCCAAAGAACAAGUCUUUGAUUGAUGGAAUUUUGAAAUCCUUAAUUGAAAAGGAAGAGCAACGUCUUAUCCAUCAGAAUGAACAAACUGAAGAAGACAUGCUUGGGGCUCUUGUCAGUUCCUUCUUAUCUGGACAAAUCGAACAAAUCUUUACAAGAUGGAUUGCCGAAUUUGAAAAGAACGUGGAGAAUACUCCUCCUUCAAGCCCAUCCUUUGCUCUUGAACUUAUUGACCUAAUCUCCAAGAUUGAGCUUUUACAUUUACAUCAUGUCACUAGUGCUGCCAUAUCCAAAAAGACAACAACCAUUACUUAUAUAGAAUCAAUUUUGAACCAGUUGUUGCAAAACGGCCAUGUUUUGAAUCAGCUUUACAUCACUUUUGCGAUGAAAUGUGUUGAAUUAGGAAGUUUGGUGGACAUUCAAAAGACGCUUCCACUUGCUCUUAGAUAUUUGAAUAUUGCUCUUGAUCAAGUCUCAGCGCAAAAUUCAGAAUUGGUAAUUCCAAAGGAGUUUAGCAAUGUUGACAUUCAGGAGUUGAGAUACCGUCUCUAUCAUUCGAUUGCCAGAGUUCCACCAAAUCUGAGAGCUCCUCCCCUCCCUGCUUCUUGGGCUUCCAAGAAAUUGCAGCCUUUGUCAAAACCUGCCAAAUCAACAACCACUACUAGUGGAGCCUCUCCAGUUACCUCCAGUCAACCUAGUACUGCUCCAACAAGUGCAACUAUUACAGCUCACACAAGCCCUUCAACACAUUCUACUCGUUCUGAGUCUCCUUCAAAUAGAGGUUACAAAAGAUCAGAGGUUAAAUUGCUUCCUCAACCAAUGCUUGGAAAGAAUGCAACUAGUGUUUUGCCCCCAACCAUUACCCCACAACCUGUAGUUUCUCACACCUCAACCACUACUGCAAACACUUUCAAUCCAACGACAAUUGGUGGCAGUGGCGGUAACUUGGGCGGCGUGGCUACUUUUACUCCUCAACCUUUUGGUACUACCCAUACUCACAUGGGACCUACAACAACAGCAGGUUUUAACCCUCCGCAACACAUGAUGUCCAGUAAUUUGGGAGGGGUUGCUACAUUCGUACCACAACCUAUGGUGACUGGUGGCUCUACUAAUAUUGGCUCGUCUGCCUCCUUUAAUCCAGUACCACCAUCAAACCCUUCUCUUCCAUCGAGUGGUUCCUCAUGGCAGCCUGUUACCAACAUUCCACCCAUGCAAGAUAUGACGAGCUUACAUCAUCACCAGCCUGUAUCAUCUGUCCCAACUGCACAACCUGUGGUUGACCAACAAGCAAUUUUGAAAGAAAACUUGGAGAAAUAUGCUGGAAUUGACAUUGAACGUAAUGUCACUGGUAAACAUCAAGCACUCAUCGAUGCCUUAACACAGUGCUUCGACAAGUUGUAUGGAGGAGAAGAUAAGGGAGCAGCACAUUUGGAUAAGAAGAGAAUGAUUGCUCAGAGCGUUAAUGCACUGUUUGUUCUUGCACAAGAAACAACUGAUGAGCAGCUGGUCAACAAUCUCUUGCUGUGGGCAGAACAAAUGUUGAAAUCCGAAUAUACCAACGCAGAUCACACCUUCAAGCAAUUGCAAAAGGAUUAUUUCGUCCAGCUCAAGAAUGCCAAGAACAUGAGAUUUUUGAUGACUUGUUUGAAGACCAAACAAUAA